UGAGAGGAGUUCCCGCUCUGCAGCCUGUAACGAAGCUAACGAGCAUGAAGCUAACAGGCUAUGCUAACAGGCUAACAUGCUCUAAUGUUUUACUUUUACUGCAUUUAUCUUAUUAAAGAUCAGGACAGCAUCCUGGAGCCGCUGUGUUUCCCGGACUCGUCUCCCGGUUCCGUCGGUCCUCAGCGGUUCGGCUCUGAGCUGCUGGUUUGUCUGUUCUGCUCUGAGUCCGUCCCCCUGCAGCAGAAGGACGUCCUCCUCAAACACCUGCUGCUGGAGCACAAGCUGGUCAUCGCAGACGUCAAGCUGGUGGCAGACCUCCCAAAGUACGUGUCGUACUGGAGAGGAAGGUUCUUGGAGCAGCCCAUCACAGAUUUCUGCAGCGUGAUCAAGACGAACUCCAACGGACCGGUCGAGAAGCAGGAGGACUACUUCCUGCUGUGUGACGUCCUUCCAGAGGACCGAGUCCUCCGAGAGAAUCUGCAGCAGAAACGACUGGAGGAGGUUCUGGAGCAGCAGCAGCAGGAGAGAGACGACAGCAGCUUCAGUCGUCUCUGCAUGUUCUGCAGCGAGGAGUUCACUGGAAACAGGUCGUCUCUGCUGAACCACAUGGCCAGAGAACAUUCCUUCAGCAUCGGGCUGCCGGACAACAUCGUCUACUGCGACCAGUUUCUGGACACUCUGCAGAGCACACUGGACAAUCUGCAGUGUCUUUACUGUGAGAAAACCUUCAGAGAUAAAACCACGCUGAAGGAUCACAUGAGGAAGAAAGCUCACCGCCGCAUCAACGCCACCAACCACGUGUACGACCGCUUCUACGUCAUCAACUACCUGGAGCUGGGGAAGACGUGGGAGGAGGUGCAGAGUGAGGACGACCGGGAGAUGGUGGACGAGGAGGAGGAGGAUGAUUGGUCGGACUGGCGGUCUCAUCCGGUCUCUGCUGUUUGUCUCUUCUGUGAUCAUCAGUCAGAGACGAUGGAGCAGAUCUACACACACAUGAAGGAAGCUCACGGCUUUGAUCUCCACAAUCUGAGGACGGAGCUCAACCUCCGAUUCUACCAGCAGGUCAAACUGGUGAACUUCAUCCGGCGGGAAAUCCACCAGAGCCGCUGCUACGGCUGCCAGGAGAAGUUUGAGUCCAGAGAGGCCGUCCUCCGACACAUCGAGGUCGAAGGUCACGGGAUGAAGCUGCCGGAUAUGUCGACCUGGAACCAGCCACAGUAUUACUUCCCCACGUACGAGAACGACGCCCUCCUGUGCACGCUGUCCGACAGCGACGACGAGAGCAGCGAGACGCAUCUCAGAGAGGACGUCCCGGUCAUCGCUGAGGACAUCUCCAACCUCAGAGCGCUGAGACAGAGCAGCGUCCUCAACCAGCUGCUGAGGAACAGAAGCUCCUGCAGCUAGAACACGGACAGAUGUUUGAGGAACCGGAUGGACGGACUAAACUCUUCCUCAUCGGACAACUUGUCCUCUGUGCACUUAAACAACGCUCUGCUAAAAACAGAUCAUUCCACUCUGAACGUGCACUUUAGAAGCCAUCAGAAGUGCUGACUCAGCUGCAACUCAACAUUUUAUAUGCUAAUAAUUUCCCAUUCAAACAACCAGAUGCAUUUACUUUUAUGUUAUAUUCAGUUUAUUACUUAAAGUACAAUUUUUUUUCUAUUGCAAAUUCAGAAAAACAACAACCCGUACUGCAUGAAAGUGCAAACUCAUGACACCAAAGUAACACAACCCUGAUCUGUGACACACAAGAACAGAAACCAAAAAGCAUCAUUUAUCUGUGUAAUAAACGUUGUGUCUGUCUA